AUGCCUCCUCGUGGCGCUCGCGGCGGCCGCGGCGGUCCCGCCGGCGGUGGUGGCGCCAAUCGCGGUGGUGCUCCUGCGGGUGGCGGAGAUGCGCGCGGAGGUGGCCCUCCUCGCGGUGGUCCUCAGCGCGGCGGCGGUCCUCGAGGAGGUCCCCGUGGUGCUGCAGGCGGCGUUGCUCCCGGACCUCGGGGCAUUGGCCCACGUGGUACUGCUCGAGGUGGCGCCGCGGGUCGCGGAGGCGGCGGCGGCGCAGCAUCUACUGUAGCCAGCAGCGUCCGGUCUGUGGGCGUCAAGCGUCCGGGAUAUGGAAGCGCUGGGCGGCCUCUGACCAUUACCACGAACCAUUUUGCGACCGACAUUCCAGAGUCGAUCAUCUAUCAUUACGACGCGAUAUCGUCCGAGAAGACGCUACCCCCGGCACGUUGUUUUGAGAUCAUCAACAUCCUCCAGACCAGCGUUGCACCGAAUACGUUCAGCCCUCGCGGUGCCUACGACGGCAGGAAGAACUUAUUCUCGACCGCUCGGUAUGCAUUCGGCGAGGACGAUACAGCAACUUUUGAGGUUAAUCCGAACCCGCAAGCGUCUUCAGACCCUACCACGACGACCGGCAGGCCGCCAAGGACCUACCAUGUUACCCUCAAGAUUGCCAAUGAAAUCAAUACAGAGUCUCUCCACCGGUAUCUUGAAGGAAAGCAGUCGAUGGAUAACACCAUUUUGACAACGAUCACGGCAUUGAACAUUGCAAUCCGCAUGGCACCGUCCCUCAUAUAUCCUUUUAACGUCCGAUCCUUCUUCACUCCCGACGAGAGACGUGACAUCGGCGCUGGCAUCACCCUAUGGAGAGGCUACUUCCAAUCAAUCCGGCCCGGUAUCGGCAGGAUGUACACUAAUGUCGAUAUCUCCACCGGCGCGAUGUAUAAGGAAGGUCCUCUGCUCACGCUGUGUCUGGAGGUGCUUGGGCGUGGAAUGCAGAACGUGAAUGUCCUAUCUCCUUCGCACGGGUUACCCGACCGGGAGCGCCUGCGUGUACAACGCUUCAUCCAGAACGUGAAGAUUAUCACCAAGCAUGGCAAACCUCAUCCGUCCGGUCGUAACCCGCCACGCGUCGUGAGAAGACUCACUAAGGAAGGUGCUCGCCGCCUGUCAUUCACGCCGGAGAACGGCGCCUCCAUGACUGUGGCGCAAUACUUCCAGGGAGUUCUGAAUCGGCCAUUACAGUACCCAGACAUCGUUUGUGCGGAGCUUGCGACGGGCGCCAUCAUUCCGCUCGAGCUGUGUACUGUGAUACCCGGCCAGAUCAUUCGCAAGGAGUUGCCCCGGGAGACAACCAAGGAUGUAUUGGCUUUCUCGACGAAGAAACCUGCCGAACGUCUACAAAGUAUCAUGCAGGGUCUAGCGGUACUAGCAUAUGGGCAGUCAGAGUACGUCCGACAGUUCGGCAUCAACGUCAGCAAUGCACCACUAUCAAUGACGGCGCGCGUCAUCCCGCCCCCGACUCUCAAGUACGGAACUGGCUCGAAGCAACCGACAAUCCAACCUCGCGAUGGCGGAUGGAAUAUGAUCGACAAGAAGAUGUACCAACCGACCACCAAGAUCACUGAAUGGGUUGUUGCUAUCUUCGAACAGGCGCGCAUCUUCAAUCAGGGUCGCGUGCAGGAUAUGGUUGGUGGUCUUCGCCAGGCUGCAAAUGCCGUCGGAGUACGCAUGGACCGGGAUCCCGCUGUGAUCAAAUACCUAUCCGGCCAAGGCAACAUCGUGGCCGAGCUCGUCGCGUUGGGUGGUGAAUGUCGAAACAAGACUAAAGUCAUUCCUUCGCUCUAUAUUGUCAUCAUCCCCGAGCAUGGUAACAGCGAUAUCUACGGUGCAGUGAAGUACUUCGGCGAUGUCAAGAUGGGUGUAGUUACGCAGUGCAUGCGAUCCGCGAAAUGCAUGAAGGCUAACCAGCAGUACUACGCCAAUGUUCUCCUGAAGCUCAAUGUCAAGCAGGGUGGUGUCAACUCCGUUCCCGAUGCACGAAGCAUCUCGUUCAUCACCGAUCCCGCAAACCCGACGAUCGUAUUCGGCGCUGAUGCUAUCCAUCCCGCACCCGGUACUUCGGACCGGCCAUCCUUCACGGCUUUGGUUGGAAGUGUUGACAGUAAUGCGGCGAAGUACGUCGCGACCAUGCGGGCGCAGGAGACUCGUAAGGAGAUCAUACAGGAUCUGGAGUCCAUGUUCACGGAAAUCCUCGAUCUGUAUAUGGGCUAUCAGAGAGCAAUCGAGAAGAAGGCUCAACCAGCGCCGAAGCGUGUGAUCUUCUAUCGCGACGGUGUAUCUGAAGGCGAGUUCCAACAAGUCCUUGACGAAGAGCUCCCACAAAUCAAGGCGGCUUGCGCGAAGAGGAAGAUCAACCCACGGAUAACCUUGAUCGUCGUCGGCAAACGUCAUCAUACCCGCUUCUUCCCCGCAAAUCCGAACGAUGGUGACCGCCGCUCGGGCAACUGUCCCGCAGGUACAGUCGUGGACACCAACAUCGUCAGCCCUGUCGAAUUCGAUUUCUUCAUUCAAUCGCAUGGUGGUUUGCUCGGGACAUCGCGCCCAGCACACUACAAUGUUCUCUACAACGAGAACGACCAACUAAACGUCGACGGGCUACAAUCCAUCACGCAUGCUCUCACGCACGUCUUCGCGCGCGCGACGCGAUCCGUCUCCAUUCCGGCGCCGGUUUACUAUGCCGACAUUGUCUGUGCCCGUGCCAAACUACACUACGACCCGAGUGCAGCACAACUUGAAGCCUCGACGGUAGACGAGACGAAUGAAGGCUCGGUCGCGCAGCAGGCGCGAGCGGACGACUUCCGCGCUCGAUUCCAACCCGUACACAAGAAUAUUUCGCAGCUGAUGUACUUUUGUUGA